AUGAUACUGAUGCUACGUUCUAAGCUGCAACACACUGCCACACACUUGAUGGCCUAUAUUCUUGCUUCUGCAAUUUCACAGGCACCGCUCAUGCCUACAAACACAAAUCAGAUGUCUCAAAGUGCUACACAUAAAGAUGUUGGGUCUCAUGCAAUGACUGUCAACUCUGCUAUCAACUCAUCUGAUUUGAAUAUGCAAGACAAGGGUCAAAAUAAGGACAGUGUCAUCUAUGUCGAUGCUGGGUUUUAUGCAAUGACCAUUAAUUCUGCUAUCAACCCAGCUGAUUUGAACAAGAAUAGCAAAGUUUUUUCAAUAACUGUUGAUCCAAGAAAGAUGCAGUCCAUGGUAGGCUUGCCCAAAGAGGAUGCUGUCCCAACCUUUGAAAGACACACAAUUAGUGAUAAAAACAUCAAUCCCGCUUUGAAGGCUCUAUCUCAUCAAUCCAUUUCAAUGGAUAUGCCUAUUCCUCAGCAUCAUGAGAUUGGCAAUACAUCUAGACAUAAUUCAAGCGCACCUGUACCUUAUAUACAACAGUCUCCAGCUGCUGGUAGUAAUCGUGGAAACAAGCCAAUUUUGAGUACUAGGACCAUCAUAGGAGCAGGUUCAACCAUGUUUCCAAUUGAUAACAGCAACAGUAUCUAA